AUGUACUUCGCGGAGUCGGCGAAGUCCAGCCUAUGGAUUGCAAACGUAGCUAGAUGUCUGGAAAGAACUUGUAAUGCUGAAUGGUCAUGAUUGCCUGUGCCUGUGAGUGCAGUGCAGCAUGACAAAUGUUUGUUCAAACGCUUUCUCAUGCGCAGAACGCAGUAGUACAAAGUGCACUUUCGCAUGCCGAGAAGUUGUAGAGUGUGGCACGACUUUAUUUGCUGCUUAUGCAAUACAGAUUUUUUAGGAAUGUGAAAAAUGCAAUACAGGCUCAAGAACCUUUCCAGACCCAGAUCGAUAUUUGCAAUGCAUACAGGCGAAAGGGAAACCACUCCUCGGCGAUCAUGGUGUAUCCUGUGCAAAAGUAUCGUAUUCGUAUAAAUGCAAGUCUUGCAUUACAAAUUUUUUUCUCAAAGUAAAUCAGCAUGACAAAUUUCAUUUCUCAUGCUGAGAAAAUUUGUAAUGCAUUUAUACGAGUACGAUACUUUUGCAGUUCAUAUGGUGUCAUCCAUCACAAUGUGUAGUUUUUCCUCGCAGAACUCUUUCGCCUCCUUUUCCAGCCGGUCCUCCCGCACACCCACCUCUUUCGUACAAACAAUGUGGUCGAAGAAACUGUGCACUUCCUUCAGAAACGACACGAAAUCCAGCUCGGAGCAAAAGAGCAGGUCGGGGGGGGAGGACGAAGAUGAUGUAGUUGUUGUGAGAGAAGAUGAGGCACCAGCGGCUCCACCAGCCACCGUGGGGAGUUGCAUGAUCUUGGACGUUGUCGACGAGGUUCUACUGUUCUUCGUGUCCUUCUCCUUCCUGGAAGCUGCAACAUGCUGUUGUUGUCCGGUAAUAUUAUUCGAAGAUGCAGUAUUGAGUCCACCGGAGGUGGAACACGAAUUGGCACAAGAACUACUGGAUGAAUUUUUGCUAGUCUCCCGCUGUACACUCGCGACACGGGCCUCCAGAUCAUCGAUCUCUCCUUCCAUAAGAGUCCAGCAUCUGGGCCAUCUUCCGCAGGAAACACCAGGCUGUCCCGGCCGAAAGACCUGCGUGCGUACUUGCCGAACCUGGCAGACAAGAGCAGAUACGAGUUGGUAA